AUGGAGAUUUUAGGGGAAAACGUCCGCACUUUUACAAUGACAACCAACACUUCCGUCCUCUGUGAUGUGCUCGUCGAUCCGAGGUUUUCGUGCAAAACUUCGCGUAAGGUACGCGGAGAGCGAAAUUGUGCGAGGAGGACAAAUCGUUCUCGCGCGAAUUCGCACGCGUCCGCCUCCUCCUCGAGUGCAAAGUCGGACGACGUGACGAAAGAAAUGCUCAAGAGAGAACUGUUCGACGUGUUCGGGAUCGCCUCCUCGUCCUCUUCCUCGAACGACGAGAGAAACGACGACGAAAGGAACCAACGACAACGCAAAAAACGGCUGGCGAAAGGUUUGGAUAAAACGAAACUCCAAUCGGUCGUCGCUCGGUUGGAGCAAACGAUGGUUGACGAGAACACGAUCGAGCGAACCGAGUUGCUCUGCGGGCGAUGGAAACUGCUUUGCACGUAUAAAGAAGACGUGGACGUGGUUGAAUUUUUCGACGUGAAGAGUUGGCAGAGAUAUUUGUUCGAGAAAGGUCCGAGUCCAGUGCAAUCGCUGGUGUUGGGGAACACGUCGACGGUGGAGAACGUGUAUCAGGUGUUGGAAGAUCCGAAGGAGGCGCCGAACGCGAAGUGGCAAAACGUGGCCAAAUUUACGUUUGAGUUCAACGGCGAAAGGAAAGACGUGGAGCUGAUCAUCGAAGCAAACAUUGAAGGCGUGAGAGACGAGCAAUCCUUUUUUUACCGAUUUUCGAACGGGUAUUUUGACGUCAAUCGAGGGGAGUUGAAGUUGCCGUAUCCCGUUCCGUUUGAUUUCAUCGAAAGCGUGAGGCCGGGACAAACGAAAGGGUGGUUUCAAACGACGUAUUUGGAUGAAGAGUUAAGAGUCAGCGUCGGACAGAAAGGGAGCAAGUUUAUAUUAAUGCGAGAGAGAAGCGAUUAG